UUUUAGUUAGAUUGUUUUACUUUUAUACAACUAUUGCUGUUUUUCUGCCAGUAUUCCGCAAAUGGCUAAAUCACCUGAUUUGUUCUCGAUGCUGACCGAUGAACAUAGACAGGAGCUGAAUGAUAAAGGGUUCACGGUGAUCAGUGGGGUGUUACAGAGUUCCGAAUGUGACGAUUACGUCACCGAGUACAGGGAGUGGCUGGAUCAGUUCAAAGAUGGCGACUGGCCCAGAAGUAAGUCUUCUUUGAUUAACCAGUACAACACCGGGAAUUUCGAAACGACUUGGAAAAUAAGACUGAAAACAACAUCUGUUUUUGCACAACUCUGGAAAACAGACAAACUUUUGUCAAGCGUUGAUGCCAUUGCCAUAGGACGACCACCAGAAGAUGGGAAGGAGGAGUUUGAGUCACCAGGACAACACUGGCUGCACACUGACCAAUCAGCAAGAAGGAAAGGGCUCCACGCCUACCAAGGAGGUGUGUACCUCGAAACAACAGACGAAGACGAUUGGACGUUUCAUUUAAUGGAAGGUUCUCACAAAUAUCUUGAUGAAUUUUAUAAACUGAACAAAAAACAAGCAUUUAAAAGUUCAAUUAACGAAUACUAUCAUCUGCGAGAUGAAGACUUCGAAUGGUUCAAGGACAAGGGAUGCAAAACGAUUCGACUUCCGGUGCCAAAAGGAGGAAUGGUUUUAUGGGAUUCCAGACUGAUUCACGCUAACGCUAGACCUUUGAGAAGCCGAAAUAAUCCAGGGAGAUGGCGUUUCAUAAUUUUCAUUUGUAUGACCCCUGCAAUAUGGGCAACAAAAGAUGAUUACGAGAAAAGGAAAUUGGCUUAUGAAUGUGGGUGUAUGACUACGCACUGGCCAACCGGAGGGGUCCGGUUUUAUGUCUCAAAACCCCCUCCUUCAUUUUCAGAUCAACAAAUUGAAUAUCCUAAAGACCUUCCACCAAAUGCCAAAACAAACGAAGUGAAACUGUUGUCGGGAUACAAGCAAUAUGACUUCAAUGACGGACAGUCGAACGGACCUGAUUACACCCCGGAGAUCGAGAAGAUGUAUGAUUUUGAUGUCAGUGAUGAUGUGUCUCUUACUAAAGAACUUUCCUCAUCGCUUCAGAAAGUAAAUGUUAAACAUUUUUUAUACGCCGCAGGAUUGUCCAUCUUCUUGUUCAUAGUCCUGAAAUAUGCCGAGAAAACCGUGUUAAUGUAAAGAUGUCUCGCAUCGCAAACAGUCCUGAUUCUAACUUUGAAUGGUGAACAACUGAACAUGGUUAUAUAUUCUCAUAAUGGAACUAAAAUUAAAAAAAACCUUUAUCUUGAAGGAAAUGUACAUUUCAAACUUUUAAUUUCAUACCCACCAAAAAUGUUGUGUUCAGUGUCAAGGCUUUGUCAAGUAUAAAAUAUUGGUAACGUGCUUUGUAAUGCAGCAAUGGCAGAUUGCU